AGGGGACCCGCCCGCGGGCAGGUUUCCGGUUCGGUGGGUCGGAGAUGACGGAGCCGGGCGCCUCUCCGGAGGACCCCUGGGUCAAGGUCGAGUAUGCGUACAGCGACAACAGCCUGGACCCCGGGCUUUUUGUAGAAAGCACCCGCAAGGGGAGUGUAGUGUCCAGAGCUAAUAGCAUCGGUUCCACCAGUGCCUCUUCUGUCCCCAACACAGAUGACGAGGACAGCGAUUACCACCAGGAAUCCUACAAGGAGUCCUACAAGGACCGGCGGCGGCGAGCACACACUCAGGCUGAGCAGAAGAGGAGGGAUGCCAUCAAGAGAGGCUAUGAUGACCUACAGACCAUCGUUCCCACCUGCCAGCAGCAGGACUUCUCCAUUGGCUCCCAAAAGCUCAGCAAGGCCAUCGUUCUGCAGAAGACCAUUGACUACAUCCAGUUUUUGCACAAGGAGAAGAAAAAGCAGGAGGAGGAGGUAUCCACGCUACGCAAGGACGUCAUGGCCCUAAAGAUCAUGAAAGUGAACUAUGAGCAGAUUGUGAAGGCACACCAGGACAACCCCCAUGAGGGGGAGGAUCAGGUCUCUGACCAGGUGAAGUUCAACGUGUUUCAAGGCAUCAUGGACUCCCUCUUCCAGUCCUUCAAUGCCUCUAUCUCCGUGGCCAGCUUCCAGGAGCUGUCAGCCUGUGUCUUCAGCUGGAUUGAGGAGCACUGUAAGCCUCAGACCCUACGGGAGAUUGUGAUUGGUGUUCUACAUCAGUUGAAGAACCAGCUUUACUGACCAGCUCUUGGAACCUGCAGAACAGCCAACAAGAGGCCUUGAGUCUCCUACUUGGCCGUGGAGCCACUGGGCUUAUGAGAUUGGACUGUGACACUGCAUACCAGUCAGCUGCUUUCUCCUCAGUGUUUGGCUCCCCAGCUCCCCCCUCCCCCUCAGCCCCAUCUUCAGUGGGGCUGGGAAGGGGGGAAGGUUAUUAGGAAAGCUUUGAUUAAUUUAUUAUACUGACCGUAGAUCUCAAACCUCUUUCCCCCUCCCCAUAGAAGUCCUCGGGAUGGGGUCUGCUCUGGGCAUCCUAAAAAGCUCCUGGCCUCUCCCUUUUUCUAAGCCUCAGAUUUCUGCUCAUAUUUGGUAACUACUGUUUGCCUGUUUUGGUCUCUCCGGCCACAUUUAGCCUGAGUUUGGCCACCUGGGCAGCAGUUGGAUGGGAAGAAGGGAGUAAGGGAAAAUACUCUCACAGCCGCGAAGGUGGAUGGCGGCCUCGUGCCUAGGCUAGGGCUGCCCGGUCAGCCCAAGGUGAGGCCAGAGCUUUCUCUGGGCAGCUCAGGGCAGGGCUGCCAGCUUCCUGCCCUUGCCCCCUACUCUGGGUGGUGGAGGGAAGCAACCUCUUCACCCGUUUCUGCCCUCUGUGUCCCCACAGGCAGUAGCACUGCACAGCAAAGUCAAAUGUGACACAACACUACAUAUUAAAUGUUUUAAUUUUUCUAAACAACAAUGCAAUUUUGCUAAAGUUACAAUUUUGGAAAAUUGGUCUCAAGACCACUCCCAGGCUUUCUGUCAAGUGUAUCUGGGUCUCCACCAUCUCAGUGCUGCCUGCAUUUCUCCCAGGACUUGGGGUGGGGUGAAGGUGGGUAGAGAAGAUUUUCUAAAGGUCUCCUGGAGUGUAGAGCCCAGGAGAGUCCUGGGUGAGGCCCUGGGCUCCUUGAAUGCUGUGCAUAGUAGCCUCUCUCUGCCCUUGUCCCCCAAGCUCUCUUUUGCCUUCCUUGGGUUUGAUAUCUGGGAGGUCUGAUUAUCCAGAGGAAAUUAAAUAUUUUUAUAUCAAAUUAUAUUACAAUAAAUAUUGCCAAAUGCU